UCACACUUAAACCUGGCUGCAUUUAACAGCCAACUUGGGGGGAAAAGGCUGCUGAGCUCCUGGUUGAUUAUUUUCUCUUUUAAAAAUAAAACUGGAGGGAUGUUGCAAGAUGUUCACGCACGGAGGUGCCUUUUUUUAUGUAAUGAGUUGUUGAAGUUGUGAUGUGCGCAAAGGAGGGGCGCAGCGCGUGCCAAAGUUAGCGAACGCCGCUGGAUGAAGCGCCGCCAAAGAUGUCAACCUUGCUUUGCCACCCACACGAAAUCAAUUGUAUUACCCCCAGGAAGCCACACAUAAAUAGAGACGGGAGAAUAUUGCUCCAAAGGAGAAAUUGAACAAGAAGAGCUCGCUGCGACUAGGACCACAGACAAGGACUUCAACAAUUUCAGCAAGUAUAUAGUGCCCACUCUUAAAAUUAUCAUGCAGGUGGAGAGGAAAUGGCAUAUAUUUCUUACUUUCCUCAUCCUGCUCAUCACCUCUGGCCAGUGCAUGGACAACAAGGAGGUCAAGCAGAAGGAGAGAAAGACCCUGUUGGAUUUAAUCUUACAGGUGAUCAGAGACAGCCAACAACGGGACAAACACAUUUCCAGGCGUUGCAGUGGAGGACAGUUUUCUUCCCUUCAAGACCUGAAGUUGCCCUCCCGUGAAAAGCCUUUGUACAUUCCCAGACUGGAUAACAGUAAACUCAUAGAAAUUUUCCCUCGAGAUCUAAACAUGAAAAGCAAGUUCAUUCAGCACUUCACAGCAGGACCAGUCAAGUUCUCAUCGGAAUGCAGAACACACUUUGACAGACUUUAUCACAACACAAGAGAUUGCACAAGACCAGCGUUUUAUAAAAGAUGUGCAAGAUUGCUGACACGAUUAGCAAUGAGUCCACUCUGCAUGCAAUCGUAGUUAUUCAAUAAGUCUCAUCAAGAUGAAAGAACGUGUUGCCGAGGAAGUGCCUUCAAAUCCACAGCAGUUAAAUACAUUUGAACAUUGUUGUUGUUAAAUAAUGUUUUUAUUUUUGUUACUCUUCUUGACAUUACCAGAAAUGCUAUUGGAAAAUGUGGUUAUUUUUACAUCCUCAGUAUUUCAUAAAGCACAUGUACUGUGUAUAUUUUUUUGGAGACAUCGUUAAUUUAAUAUUUCAGAUAUUAGGCAGAUGUAUACUGUAUAUAUUUCCACCAGAGUUCGAUUAUUUUGCUUUCCAUGAUGAAAGGAAAGGAUUUCCCUUUCUCCUUAUGACUGAAGUCCUCUAUUGUUGUGAAACUCGAAGCCUGCCUUGAAUUGAACCAUUUGUCAUGCUCGUGUCUUCAUCACCUUUUAUUUGGCACUUGAGUGAUUGCUGACUAUGAGAACACGUAGGAUGAAAACAGAUAACAGAUAACACUGCACUAUUGAACAAUAAAUACUAUUGAAGCAGCGCAUAUCGAGUGCAUUGAGAUUCUUGGAAAUGAAAUCCAGGUGAUGAUGUCAUAGGCGAGAUUCCAAAUGGAACUCAAGGGACGGAAUUACAUAUUGAA